AUGGCGGCUCCCAUCAAAGCUGUUUGGUUCGAUUUCAUGGGCACCUGUCUGGAUUGGCAUUCGAGUAUCGUGACAGCCCUGCCAUCCGCACUCUCCGAGACCGAGAAAUCAACUUUCGCAUUGGAAUGGAGGCAGGCCUACUUUGACGCCAAUACCAAACGCCUAGCCGAGGGGGGACCGGUGGAGGACUUCGACGACACUCAACGACGGGUUCUCGAUGAUUUCCUGGAUCGGACGCCCAAUCUGGACAUCAAGCACUUGUUCUCGCCCGAAGUCAAGGACCGCUUGGUAGCCGCCUGGCAUCAUCAAACCGCUUGGCCCGAUGUGUCGGAAGCUCUGAGAAGGUUGAAGAACGACAGCAAGCUGGAAGUAUACGUCCACGCCAACGGCAGUACGCGACUGCAGCUCGAUCUCGUCAAGUCCGCCGGUUUACACUACGACAUGCUAUUCUCCAGUGAGCUGUUGGGGUUCUACAAACCCGCACCGGAAAGCUAUCAAGCCACGAUGAAACUCUUGAAACUCAAGUCAGACGAAUGCGUCAUGGUGGCUGCACAUGCCAGCGAUCUCAAAGGCGCAAAGGCCGUCGGGAUGAAGACGGUAUAUGUGUAUAGAUGGACGGACGACAUUAGAGAAGACCAAGAAGUCGUGAGAAUGGCAAAUGAUGCAUAUUUGUCGGAUAUGCAUGGUUUAGAUCGUGUCAUUGCCAGCUUCUAA